CAGUGUUAUAAUGUCGAUUGGAAAGUUGCAAGUGUUACAACCGUUUGAUCCAAGCGCGGACGAUUGGGCGUUGUAUGUGGAUAGGUUAGAACAAUAUUUCAUCGUGAAUACCGUAACGGAGGAAUUGAAAGUCCCUACGUUAAUUACAGUGAUGGGCAGUGCAAGUUACGAGUUACUAGUGACAUUGUGUACGCCGGACAAGCCGUCAACAAAGAAAUUUGAAGUGUUAAAAGAACUGAUGACUAAUCAUUUACAGCCUAAAAGGAGCAUAAUGGCGGAACGUUACAAAUUUCGUCAACGAAUACAAAAAAAAGGCGAGUCGUUGGCUGUCUAUGUCGCGGAUUUAAAGAAGUUGACUAAAUAUUGUGACUUUAAGACUGAAUUGGAAAAUAAUCUGCGGGAUCAAUUCGUGUGCGGCAUAGCGGACGAUACUAUUAGGCAGAGGUUGUUCGUAGAAGACGGGUUGACAUUCGCCAAGGCCUGGAAGUUGGCGGUUGCCAUGGAGGCCGCAGAGAAAGACGCAGCGGCAGUCGAUAGUAGGACGCGCGGCACUGGUAAAGAGGUCGUGGAAGUGCUAUACGCAUCGGCCAGCGGGGCCAGAACACAGGGCUCGUCGGGGCCCUGGAGGGCUAACGGGGCAAACCAGGCAGCGGGGCGCAGCAAGGCGGCGUCGCAGGCAUGGGGCGGACGCGCGCAGGCGAAGCCGGCGCCCGUGGCGGGAGCGGCAGGAGCGCCGCGCGGUCGCGAUCAGGGCCAGUGUCGUGCUUGUGGCGGCAGUCAUGAUGCGGCGACUUGCAAAUUCCGCAUUUAUUCUUGUCGCGUAUGCAUGCAACAAGGUCAUUUAAAGAAGAUGUGUCCCCGACUACAAACCGGAGCGAGGGUGCAUGCGUUGGAUGCAAAUGAGGAGGAUGAGGAGGAGUUGUUGAACGAGGUACCAUUUAACGCUUUAUCUGUAGGCAAUUUAAGUCGUUAUAAACCGUUUAUGAUGACAUUGGACGUUAACGGAAUAUGUUUAGAAAUGGAAGUUGACACCGGUAGUGCCAUUUCAUGUAUAAGUCUAGAAUGCUAUCAAAAAUUAUUUAAACAUUUACCUAUUUUAACACCUAAUGUAUUACUCAACUAUUACGCAGGAGGAGGUUUUCGCCCAUUCGGUAGAAUUACUCCAAUUGUUAAAUAUAAAAACAAAGAGAUAUCUUUAGAUUUAUUUGUUAUAGAUGGGGGCAAAAACCCAUUGUUAGGUAGACAAUGGCUGUACGAAUUGACAAUGGGUUUGGAGCAAUUUAGUUGUAAUAAAAUCGAUACCAAAUGUGAACUUACUAUGGAUUCAUUGAUUUCUAGGUAUAAGGAUGUGUUCGCGGACGGGCUCGGGCGGUACACGGGCGGCCCGGUGGCGCUGCGCGUGCGCUCGGGCGCCGCGCCGGUGUACAUGCGCGCGCGGCCGCUGGCGUACGCGAUGCGCGCGCCGGUGGAGCGCGCGCUGGACCAGCUGCAGCGGGACGGCAUUAUCACGCCGGUUGAGACGUCAGACUGGGCCACGCCGAUAGUACCGGUAGUCAAGCGUGAUGGAGGUAUUCGCAUUUGUGGCGAUUAUAAAUUAACACUGAACAGAUGUUUAGAAAUUGACCGUUUUCCCUUGCCUAGAGUUGAGGACCUGCUUGUCAAAUUACACGGGGGGGAAACGUUUUCAAAAAUUGAUUUGUCUCAAGCUUAUGCACAAUUCGAGUUGGACGAGGCAUCAAAACCUUAUACCGUAAUCAACACGCAUAAGGGCUUGUAUAUGUAUAAUAGGCUAAUCUAUGGGCUAUCAUCGAGUCCGGGGAUAUUUCAAAGGAAACUGGAACAACUUUUUGCAGACUUACCGCGAGUAGGCGUGUUUCUUGAUGACGUAAUUAUAACGGGCGUAGACAGGGAGGAUCAUUUGCGUACAUUACAUCAAGUGCUAGGACGCCUCGAGAAAUUUGGGUUGAAAGUAAAGAAAGAAAAAUGCUCAUUCUUCGCGGAAUCGGUGACUUAUUUAGGGUUUCGCAUUAGUAAACAAGGGGUUCACACGUGUCCGGAAAAGAUUAAAGUCAUUAAGGACAUGGCGAUACCGGCCAAUGUAACCGAGCUUCGCUCAUUCAUAGGAAUGAUUAUGUACUAUGGGAAAUUUGUUAAGAAUAUAAGUAUGACGUUAACACCAUUGUACAAGUUAUUAAGGAAAGGCGCGUCGUUUAUUUGGACCAAGGAGUGUUCGGAAGCGUUUAAUGCCGUCAAGCGUUAUUUGGUUUCCAGUUCGGUUUUGGCGCACUAUGACCCUGAACUUCCGUUAUGUUUGACUACGGAUGCGAGUUCGAGCGGCGUCGGGGCUGUGAUUUCUCACCAGAUGCCAGAUGGAACGGAAAGGCCUGUUGCGUACGCGUCCAGAGUGCUCAAUGCGGCGGAGGUAAAUUAUUCUCAGAUUCAAAGAGAAGCCUUGGGAAUUGUGUUUGGUAUAAAAAAAUUCCAUCAGUACCUGUACGGCCGAAGGUUUUUGCUAAGGACCGAUCAUAAGCCGUUGGUUUCCAUAUUCGGAGAUAAGGGAGGUAUUCCAGCGAUGGCCGCAAGCAGACUACAAAGAUGGGCGGUAAUUUUAUCGGGUUACCAGUAUGACAUAGAAUACGUGCCUACGGACAAAAAUGGAGCUGACGCAUUGUCCAGGUUACCAGUGGGGAAGCAGGCAGCGGACAGGACAGAGGUAACAUAUGUACAAUUCGUGCAGGAUUUCUUACCAAUUACUAGUGAUCAAGUCAGAACCAAUUUAAAAACAGAUGAUCUACUGAGAAAAGUGGUUAUGUAUUUGCAGUCAGGUUGGCCAGCAAAGUGCGACGAACCAGAGCUGCAGCCGUAUUGGGUAAGGCGUCACGAACUGUACUCAGAAGCAGGAUGUAUCAUGUGGGGCUACAGAAUGGUGAUACCCACGACAUUAAGAUAUGACGUUCUUCGUGAGCUACAUAUAGGCCACUUUGGAGUUGUCAAGAUGAAAAGUCUUGCCCGGAGCUAUGUUUGGUGGCCCGGCAUCGAUGCUGAAAUCGAGAAAACGUGUCGGGAAUGCACCACAUGCGCUUUGGAAGCACCGGCCCCAGCCAAAUCUACACCCCAAGCUUGGCCAUAUCUCGAGGAAGUUUGGAGUAGGGUGCAUAUGGAUUUCCUAGGUCCCUUAAACGGCAUGACCUAUUUAGUGGUCGUGGAUUCAUCGUCCAAGUGGAUCGAAGUAAAACAAAUGACGAGAAAAUGA